GCUAGGCUUCCUGAUGGAAAAGCCGGACUCCUUCACAGCUUGGGAGAUCCUGCCAUGGUAAUGAACCCCGAAGUACAUCGCAGGUCGACAUCCAGGAGCACCUCCCAGUUGGCUUUUGGCUCUACGCCAUUGGACACGUCAAAACCACAGAAGGACUUCUACAACAAUAACACGUUGGUGAAUAUAAGCAAGAUGUUCUGCGCCGUCGUGCUACUCACUGCGUUUGUCCUCGUGAUGACUCGCAGUUUCACCCAGUUUUUCGCUUACGAGACCAAUUCGUCCAACGAUUCAACAAAGGAUUUUUCGUUCUAUUUGACCACCCCUAUCUACAUAAUCGACACUAUGUGA